GCUCACAUAGCUAGGAAGGAUGCUUCUGGACUCCUCUUCUAGUGUUCAUUCUCCUGGUCUAGUCAGGAACCUCGUGGGGCUAAUGAGGGCCAAUAUUCCACCUCUCUGCUUCUUCGUGGCUGAUCCCUGGGGGUGGUGAUCUGGUCCAUUCCCUCCCUGCUAAAGCCAGAGCUGCUGACGGCUUGCCAUUGGCUCUUCAGCCAGGGCUGGCUUUUGUUUCUGCAGCCCAGUUGCUGAGUCGGGGCUUUGUCUCCCAGGGGCCCCUCUUCCCUCCCUGCCUAUAAGAGCCUGACCUCGGCUGGUCUCAGAUCUGACAUGUUCCCUGGGCCUAUCUCGGAAGGGGCCACGAUGACCCUGCAAUGCACCAAGUCAGCGGGACACUGGAAGAUGGUGGUGUGGGAUGAGGACGGCUUCCAGGGCCGGCGGCACGAGUUCACGGCCGAGUGCCCCAGUGUGCUGGAGCUUGGCUUCGAGACUGUGCGAUCUUUGAAAGUGCUGAGUGGAGCGUGGGUGGGCUUCGAGCAUGCUGGCUUCCAAGGGCAGCAGUACGUUCUGGAACGGGGCGAAUACCCGAGCUGGGAUGCCUGGGGUGGCAACACGGCCUACCCCUCUGAGAGGCUCACCUCCUUCCGGCCUGUGUCCUGUGCUAACCACCGUGACUCGAGGCUGACAAUCUUUGAGCAAGAGAACUUCCUGGGCAAGAAAGGAGAGCUGAGCGAUGACUAUCCUUCCCUCCAGGCCAUGGGAUGGGAAGGCAAUGAAGUAGGGUCCUUCCACGUCCACUCUGGGGCUUGGGUUUGCUCCCAGUUUCCGGGCUACCGAGGAUUUCAGUAUGUGCUGGAAAGCGAUCACCAUUCCGGUGACUACAAGCAUUUCCGGGAGUGGGGCUCUCACGCCCAGACCUUCCAGGUGCAGAGCAUCCGCAGGAUCCAGCAGUGAGCAGGGGCACGGCACGGAGGAGCGCAUGCAUGCUUGUCUGCAAUGGAGGCGCUCUGGAGGCUGUGGCCUGCUCUCUCCUUCUGCCCCCUCCUGUAACCCGUGUGAACCCAGCACCCAUGUGAACCUGUCCAUGCACAGUCAGCACAAAAAACUCAAACGAAUAAAAAAUAGAAAGUCCGGUAUUA